UGUCCAACAGCACAUAUAUGAUAUUCUCUCACUUGAUUUUCAACUAUACUAUAGAAUACACAUAUAAUUAUUUUCCUUAACACAUUUGUAUUUAUAAUUUAAAACAAUUCUUGUCAUUUGUGUUUCUUAAAGAUAUUGUGAACUAUCUUUUCUAUACUUAUUAGAACACAGUACUACGUACUGCAUAAUGUCAAAUAAUCUAAACCUCAACGGAUCCGUCGCAUUGGUAACAGGAGCUGCUCAUGGACUAGGAUUGGGAAUGUCUGAAGCACUUGUUAAAAGGGGCGCCUACGUCUCAUUAAUAGACAUAGAUGAAGAGGCCGGCAACACAGCUAUUACCAAUUUAGAAAAGAAGUAUAACGCAUCUGGCAGAGCAUUAUUUCUGAAAUGUGAUGUGACCAAUAAAGAUGAAUUUGAAGGUGCUUUUAAAAAAAUUAUUGAAAAAUUUGGGAAGUUACACAUUGUUGUAAAUAAUGCUGCUAUUAUGACAAAAUAUUUAGAUGCCUGGGAAAAAGCAAUUAAUAUUAAUUUUAAAAGCGUAGUACAUAGUACUUUGUUAUCUUUCAAAUAUAUAGAAAAUACAAAUAAUAAAAACAUAGCAGUGAUAAACAUAAGCUCUAUAAGUGCGUUAUCUAGUACAAUUCUUCCAGUGUACCAAGCAACUAAAAGGGCUAUUAUUGAGUUUACUAGGAGCAUUGGAUGUGAGUAUAACACAAGAAUGAACAAUAAUAAUAUAAGAGUUAUGGCUAUUUGUCCGGGCCCCACAUUUAAUAUAGAUGAAGACAACGAAGACAUAGAUAUGAUUGUUGAAAAGUUAAAAGUUUACAUCACAAGAGGAGAAACGAAUCCAAAUCCAGACAGAAAAAUAGUAAUUCAAAGUACUGAUUACAUACAAAAUGCUCUACUUCACGUUUUGGCUAAUGGAAAAUCAGGAGAAGUUUGGAUAGCUGAAAAUAAAGAUUUACCUAGACUUGCAUGUUUACCAGCAGUACAAUAUUAGAUGUGAAAACACAUUUUAAAUAUAAAUGUUAUUUUUAUUUCAUUAAUAUAUCAUAUUCAAUAACUAGUAAUAUAUUCAAUAUUCGUAAAAUUAAACAUAUUAGCACUCGCAGGGAGAGCAGCAGGUAUGCUUAAUAUUAAAUUUUCAUUAGAUACAAAAAACAUAUGUACAACUAACAGUUAUGUCUUUCAUAAGAGGUAUAUCUGAAAAUCAUCCAUAUACAAAGUAUCCUCAUAACUAAAGGGCAUAAUUGUAUGUCAAAAUUUCCAAUGUAUAGUUUGUUCAUGCUUAUAUUCACAUAACAGUUAGUUUACAAAAUGUAUCCAUCACUUAUCUAAAAAUGUUUUGUGAAAUGUGAUAUAUUGUUUUUCCAGAUAUCAAGAUACCAAAAGCAUAAAUUUUGAAAAUUGAAGGUCUCCCUCGCGAGUAACUGUAUAAUAGUAAAUAUAUCUUAUAUUUUUUGUAUAAUAAUAAGUUAUUAUUUUUAAGAUAAAAUCCUUAGAUAUAAAUCACAGACGAUAAUCAUACUAAAUAUAUAACUGUAACAGUAAAUAUGUAAAUAGGUUAUCAUGGUACAAAUGUCAUAAUCCAGUGUACUGUGGUUGAGAGCUAUUGUUUAAAUCCACCACAGAAUUUUGAGGCAUAAAGCAUCCUAAAUUUAGCCAUGAACGUUUCCCAUUAUAACUUUGAUUGUAUUGUUCACUAAAUAUUAAAUGUUAAUGAAUACAAAA